AUGUUGCGGGGACCGUGUCGGAAAAGUCGAUGCGUCGUCUGGUUCGCGCUUGUGCUUUGCUUGUGCCUGGCACCGCAGGGACGUCAAUCAUCUACUUUCAUCCCAGCGCCACGUCAGGGUGAGCCUGACUUGAGGUCGCUAUGUGGCACGCCCAUCAAAGUCCGGGCGCAAUGCAUCUUCGUGCCUUGCACGGCAGGUGAAGAUGACGCGAUCGUGGCGGUCAAACAACAGCAGGCCGUUCCGUCGCAGUGGGAGCAGUGGGUGGGCUCAGUCGUGGGAUGGUUCACGAACGUGCUCCACGUCGGAGGCCCGAAGGACCAAAUCGUCCUGAGUCUGGAGGAAUUCACGCAGCUGCGGGACCACCUGCUGCGAAUGCAAGGCUACAUCAAGGAAGCCGAAGAUCGGGCAGAGCAGGCGGAAGCGCUCCUUGUCCUCACUCGAAGGCGCCACAAGCAGGACCUGAAGAAAGCCGGGAAGAAGAUGCAGCUGCUGGUGAAGUAUGUCGGAGAAACGGAGAAGGAGCGGGAUGCUCUGAAGAAGGAGCGGGAUGCGCUGAAGAAGGAGUUGGAGGAGAAGGAGGCGUUGCUUCGCAAGUACAAACAAGCUGCGAAGUCUUUCAAGGAGGUGUUGCGAGACGACGAGGAGGUGUUGCUAGACGACGAGGUUGAGGUGACUCCGACUGCGAAGAUCGAGCCGGAGGAGGAGCUCGACGAGUUCAGUCGGAUCAUCUUCGAAAACUUCGCCGAAGAGAGGAAGCAGAAAGACGAGUUCGGUCUCAUCAGUCCCACCUACAUGACCAUCGAGGAAUGCCGUCAAGAAUGCGAACUGCGCGGCUUGAAUGCCGAGGGCGGCCUCGGCCAUCUCCGCGCGCGGGUGCGCGCCGCGCGGGCCAAAGACCGCCUCAGCGCGGGCGUCCGCAACGGCCACGGGGACUGA